GAUCUUAUUUCCCAUUUUCCUCUAAUUCGCCCCGAAAAACAAAUCGGAAAAAGCUGAAAACAAAGCGAGUGCUUUGUUCCACCUCGAGCGCAAUCUCAUUACACAAAAACCGGAAAAUGCCCUCGAACCUAAAUUGCAUUUGACGUUUUCAACUGUCACUCUCUUUCGGCCCUAUUUCCCUCUAAAUUUCCAGUGAUGAGUCGUCGGGCGCGUCUCGAAGAAGAAAAACAGCGCCACUUGAACUCCGAACUCGAAGAAGAGGAAAACCGCCUGAAAGCCCAACGCGAACGCAUCUACGCACCUAUAAUAUGGAAACGGUUGGGUUCCGGUAUCCGGAUCCAAGACUUAAAGCCGGUUUAUUACGAUCAAGUUUUGCGAAUAAUCCAAGAAUGCUAUUUUCAAGAGGAGGUGCUUUGUCGGAAUAGCAACCUCGGAGAGGAUCCAGACUCGAUAAAAUCCUUCCUAAAUAUGGUGCUGUUUUACUUGAAAGAUCGCACUUCCAUUAUCGCGCUGGAUGAGUCCAACGAAGACGCUGUCGCUGGCUUCCUGGUGCUCAAAGCCGUACACAAAACCGACUUUAGCAACGUCUUCGGGCGCGUUUUCCACGUGGAGGGCGAAGCCCACAAAAAGUGCCUCGCGUUCACAAACUACCUCGGCCGAAAAGCCGACGUUUAUACCGACCUCAACUGUGACAUAUUCCUCCAAUUUUGUCUGUUAUGCAUCCGACCAGAAUACCGCAAAAAGGCUCUAGGUCUACAACUAUUCCUCUCGGCUGUAGACGUAGCCCGAUCCCUGAAUAUCCCCGUCGUAAUGGGAAUCCUGUCCUGUUGGACCCUCCAAAAGCUCGCAAAACGAAUCGGAAUGAAAACCGUUUUUGAGAUUGAUUACGUGGGCUGGCGGGACAGAUUCAACGAGAUGAUUUUCGACGAUCCCGGAAUUGGGAAUUACACGUGUGCCGUAAUGGCGGGGCCGGUGCCGCCGCCCCCGGAGGUGGAACCGCCUCCGAAGGUGGACGAAGUCGAGGAGAAGCUCACGCGGGAGGAGAAACGCAAAGCCAAGGAAAAGAAGAAGAGGAAGCAAGGGACGAAAUGAAAGAUUUUGUCACAGUUCAUCUUUUAUUUCCUGUGUUUUUGCAUGAAUUGGCUGUCCAGGUUGAUGUUGUAGUAUUCCAUGUCUUUAGAUAUGACAGGAGUCCACUUAUUUGGGAUGUCUUCGUUGGUAACUGGAGUUGGAUCGCCGAAUUUUGCAAAAUUGGUCCAAAGUGUGGUCAUGAUUUUGGCCAUUUUUUUGUCGUCCGGACUUGGGGGCUUGUCUGGGAAAAGCCCAUCACCUAUGGGGAAUAGGUACUGAAGUUCGUCCGCGUGACACACUCCAUAGUCCUUUUCCUUGUCUCCGAAAAUUUCGGUAAAACUGGCAACGCCACGAUGGCCAAAUAAAUAAUAAUAGACCGGCUUUUUGCCAUAUUUGAGGUAGUACCGAAUGGCCUCGUCGGCACCGUUCAGGAACCAGCCAUCAGUGUACAUCUAAAACCAAAUUUGGAAAAUUCACAAAAGAUUUUUUAAAUAUCCUUAAAACAUUAAAGUCACUACAAUGAA